UGUCUUGCUGCGGCACGUACGGCCAAUAGAGCGUUGUUCAGGUUGAAGCGCACAGUGACGUCUACGGAUUCUGUCGUGCUAGUCCCCGCUAAACAUGGCCUUCGUUCGGCCGCAUCUGGAGUACUGCGUACCAGCUUGGUCCCCUAUUCUGAAGAAGGACCAAAGGGUUCUGGAAAGGGUGCAGAAGAGGUUCACGCGCAUGUACCCGCACCUUCGGGGGGUGAUAUAUGCCGAACGCCUCCAGGGGCUGAACCUGUUCUCACUCAAAUUGUCAAAGUUGAUGGUUCUCCAGGAAAGCAUGUGUGGAUCGAUAACCAAUCUACGAAAAUUACCACUGCACCGCCACUUCAAUACCAGUCACAAAAUGUCAAUAUUGUUCCGGAUAGUGAAGGAAUCUACACAUUUCCCACAGGAUUUCAAGGUGAAUUUUCCGAUCGUUUACCCUUUGUGGAAUGUGCUCGUACGCUUACCGGUUCGUUUAGCAGCGAUGAGUCUGCAUUCACAUCGAAUAAUCAAAGAAAUGUUUAUCAAAGUUUACCCGAUAUUCAUAAUUCAGUAUUAGAGUCUAAGCCGGACACCGGAAAUCGAGAGGAGCUAUCUACCCCAGUCACUAUCACCCCGCUGGAUACAUCUUUACUUUUGAGUACUUCAAAUUACCUUUACGGUCAAAUGAACGAAGCCCCUCCAGCCCUUGGGGUUGAUCGCUAUACUGUAGAACAAAACGAGGACACAAAUGGACUUUUGAUUAAUGGAAUCGAGUCAUCUUUGGGAGCAGUGACCAACACCGAAACGCGACUGGAUUUUGAGCGGUCAUCGAACAUGCAUCCUUAUUCGUUCAAUAACAAUUCCAUCAAUACUGGGCAAUCUGGAGCUGGAGAGGAUUCAGCUAAUGUAACCAGUUCAUCUCCAUACACCUCAUUAUUUUGGUUUGAUGAUCCCGGUCAAACUGCCACUGAACAAGACUAUGAAGAUCCCAGUAAUUCAGUUCAACUAUUUCAACCUCCGCAUUCCGAAGCGACCCAGUCCGAGGAGCAUGUAACCCUCGCUAUGGACAGUUUUCCACAGGAUGCGCUGGAAGAAGUAUACUUAGCCUGUGAAUCUCGGUCUGAGCCACUCAAGGCACAACAACCGUUCAUACAGGAUACUUCCACGGAUGCAGAGAUCUCACAUAACAAACGGACAGACGACAUCACUGAUGCAAAGCGUGAUAGACUCACUGGAAAAUUCAAACAGAACGUAGCAGAACAUUCCAGUACAACUGAAAAGCUAUGUAAAGUAUGCAAUGAUCGAGCUGUAAAUCACAAUUUCGGUCAGCUUACUUGCGAAUCAUGCAAAGCAUUUUUCCGGCGUAAUGCACACAAAGUGAGUUGUAUUUUCAAUUCAGCACUGUAA